UCAAUACUUGCGUGUAGUGCUUACGUGGCUCUGGCUUUGGGUGAUAACCUUAUGGCAUUGAAUCACGCAGAUAAACUUCUUCAGCAACCAAAGCUGUCAGGGUCUCUUAAGUUUCUUGGGCAUUUGUAUGCAGCAGAAGCUCUCAUCUCUCUAGACAGAAUAUCUGAUGCCAUCACUCAUUUGAACCCCGAGAAUGUCACUGAUGUUUCCCUUGGGAUCUCUUCAAAUGAGCAGGAUCAAGGGUCAGACAAAGGAGAGAAUGAGGCAAUGGAAUCUUCUGGCAAGCAGACCCCACAGUGUUACCCCAGUUCGGUCACAUCUGCACGAACAAUGAUGUUAUUUAACCUUGGAAGUGCUUACUGCUUGAGGAGUGAAUAUGACAAAGCUCGAAAGUGUCUUCAUCAGGCUGCUUCGCUGAUCCACCCCAAAGAGAUCCCUCCAGAGGCUAUUCUGCUGGCUGUGUAUCUUGAAUUACAGAAUGGUAACACACAGCUGGCACUGCAGAUCAUCAAGAGAAACCAGCUUCUCCCCUCGGUGAAGACACUCUCCGACAUGCGGAAGAAGCCCGUUUUUCAGCAGGUGCACUCCAUCCAGCCCAUUCAGAUGCCAGCCUUCACCACUGUUCAAAGGAAGUGAGGUUUCAACCUGCUGCUGCCCUGCCCACCGGGGCUUGGGAUUUUGUAUAUUUUUUUAACCUAGGACACCUGCAUACCCCAAUUGCUGGAGUGUGUUCAUUUAUGUAAAUUUUUAAUAAAACGU